AUGGGCAGGAGCAAGGGCAAAACGCCCCAGCGGCCGGAGGCGCCCGGGAGGCCGACCUCCGGGGAGCAGGAAUCCGGGUCGGCCAGCGCCGACAGCGCGCCCAGCCGGGAGCGCCGACAGGGCCGCGGUAGAGCCCACGGGGCGAGACCACUCUUGGAGCCCUGCACCGCGGGGGGCCAGGAGACACCCGGUGGCCGCAGGAAGCCCACCGUAGAGGAGAACGGCGACUGCAGACGGCCAGAGGCUGGGCCGCCACCGGAGGCUGCGGGGAGACGAGGCAGCGCUUGGCGUCGGGGAUGCGGGCCCAAGGAGAACCACAAGCCUGGGGACGGCCGUGGGGGGCGCCUGGAAGAGAAAAGUCUCCUCGGAGGACGAAGGACACGCGGGCGCGACCGCCGCAGGAGAAGCGGAAAAGGGAGGGGACGCUCGGCUCAGCGGGGCCGCCAAGAGACCCGCAGCCUCAAUGGGGACACGUCGGAUGGAGACGGGGCCAGCUCCUGCCCGGACAGCGAAGCCCGCGAGACCCUGGAGAGCGGCAGCCAGAGCCGUGGGGCCCCAGAGCGGCGGCCCAACUCGGAGCAAACGGACAUGGGCUCGGCAAGCACUCAGUUCGGUCCGGAGUCAGCGCUGGAGGCGCUGAGAGAACGCCGGAACAGCGACGGCCUGGGCAGCGACGGCAGAGGCGGUGACAAGCCCCCCGCCGGGCCCCGGAGCCCGGAAGGAUCGUCGGGGGCGAGGCCCCAGGGAGAGACCGAGGAUUCCGAGACUGACACAGACUUGAGUCUGGAGGGAGCCAGGCCUGGACGGAGCCUACGGGCAGCCCCAGGAACGACAAGCGGGUCCACUGAGGCCGAAGAGGCCGACCCGGCCAGUAAAGCCGCGGCCACCAGUCCCCUCGAGGGCAGCCGCGCGUGCGUUCCCCGGAGCUCGCGGGCUUCUCGAGACCCCAGGCCGGCCCGGGACGCGAGAAACAGUGGGGUGCAGCCCGAGGCUGAGCCGAGGGGCCCCGAGGCCGGAAGAGCCGAGGCCUCGACCACCCGGGGUCAGCGUACCCAGGUCGGAGAAGGGGUGGGGAAGGUGCAAGAGGAGGAGGGCGUGAGCGAAGCGGGGGCUGGAGAAGGGUCCCGGGACCCAGCGCCCCUGGUCGCCCUGGUGGCGCUCGGCAGGCUACGCGCGAGGCCCCCGCCAGGGCCCGCUCCCCAGGCCGCGGGUCCCUGCCGCUCGGGCCUCAAGGACCGGCUCCUGCGGGUGGCACGGGGCUUGGGCCUCCUGCGGUGGCUGCGGCUCCGGCCGCGGGCGGGCGAGGCGCGGGCGGCGGGCGAGGGGCGGGGCCGCGGGCCGGGGCCGAGCCGCGGCACGGGGCUUGGGCCUGCUGCGGUGGCUGCGGCUCCGGCCGCGGGCGGGCGAGGCGCGGGCGGCGGGCGAGGGGCGGGGCCGCGGGCCGGGGCCGAGCCGCGGUCUAGUGCCCAGCCUGGCGGGCGUAGCUGGGCUGGGCGGGCGACCGAGUGCUCCCCCUGGUGGCGGCUCGAGUUCCCCGCAGCCCCCACUCGAGAGAGGCUCCAGCAGCGAAGCGGAGCCGGAGACCUUGGGAACCGAGGCUCCGGUGCACUGGGCGCAGGGCGAGGACCCGCACGAGGACCCUGGGUUUGGCACCGAAGCACACUGCUGCCCCGACUCAUCUUGGAGACCCGCUUGCGGCGGGAGAGGAGCCCGAGCCCCUGCAGGUUCCUGAGGGAUCGGUGGGAGCCGGAGGAUGAGACCGAGGAGGCGCUGGAGAAGGACCUGGAGCUGAGCCUCGGGCCGGGCCUGGAGGCGCCGCCCUUUCCCGGCGCCGAGGGCAGGAGCCUCGGGGAAGGCCUGGAAGACACCGAGGACCUGGCCCGGCUGCGGCCAGUGUGCGACAGCUCCGUGCUGCUGUGUCUCAAGAAGAGGUUUUACCUGCGCCGAAUCUAUGUACGGGGGACCCAAGAGGGGAUGACCUUUGGGGGGCCCCUCCUGCUCGCUCUGAACCCCCGCCGGCCCCUGCCUCUCUUCGCACCUGAGGUCCUGGCCAGCUACCACCCUAGGAAGACCCCUAACACCACCCCACACAUCUUUGCCAUCGUGGCAGCAGCCUAUAGUCUGUCUCAGAGCACUGGGCAGGGCACCUGCAUCCUCCUGGGUGGGCACAGCGGCUCUGGGAAGACAGAAGCUUCCAGAAAGAUUGUGCAGUUCCUAAGCAGCCUGGAGCAGGGGCAGACAAGGGACGGAGGAUGUCAGCUGGACGACGUGCUGCCUAUGCUCAGCAGCUUCGGCCAUGCCAAGACAGUCCUCAAUGCCAAUGCCAGCCGCUUUGGCCAGGUCUUAGGCCUCUGCCUGCAGCAAGGGGUCAUCCUGGGAGCUUCUGUGUCACAUUAUCUGCUUGAGACCUCGAGAGUGGUGUUUCAGGCUGAGCGGAGCUUCCAUGUUUUUUAUGAGCUGCUGGCGGGGCUGGACCCCAUGGAACGGGAGAGGCUCUCCCUACAGGGCCCGGAGACCUACUGCUACCUCAACCAGGGCCGGGCCUGCAGGCUCCAGGGCAAGGAGGAUGCCCAGGACUUCACAGGACUGGUGAAGGCCCUGCAGGUGCUGGGCUUGUGCACUGAGGAGUUGACUGCAGUCUGGGCUGUGCUGGCCUCUGUCCUGCAGCUGGGCAACAUCUGCUUCUCUUCAGAGAGGGAGUCACAGGAGGUGGCUGCCGUGUCCAGUUGGGCUGAGAUCCACACGGCAGCCCGGUUGCUGCGGGUGCCACCCAAGCGCCUGGAGGGAGCUGUCACCAGGAGGGUCAUGGAGGCGCCUUAUGGCCGGGUCUCGAGAUCCCUGCCUGUGGAAAGUGCCAUCAAUGCCAGGGACGCCCUGGCCAAGGCCCUGUACUCGCGGCUCUUCACCCGGCUCCUGAGGAGAACCAAUGUGCGGCUGGCACCCCCCAGGGAGGGAGGCAGCGUGGUCGCUGUCACUGUCGUCGACGUCUACGGCUUUGAGGUCACCCCUGGGGGCGGGGCCCAGGACAGGAACAUCCUCUUUCCUCAAGGCAGGGAGGAGGGGCGAGAGCAAGAGGAGGUGGCCCCCACCUCAGUCCUUGGAUGGGCACUCUGCCCUGUGCCCCCACCUGGUGUGGGUGCCCACCUCACUGCCCACGCGCCCCCCCCCCCAGGCACUGCGGGUCAACGGCCUGGAGCAGCUGUGCAACAACCUCGCCAGCGAGCGCCUGCAGCUCUCCUUCAGCCAGAUGCUUCUGGCCCAGGAGGAGGAGGAGUGUCGGAGGGAGUUGUUGCCCUGGGUGCCCAUUCCCCAGCCUCCGCAGGAGUCCUGCCUGGAUCUCCUGGUAGAUCAGCCCCACAGCCUCCUGAGUAUCCUGGAUGCCCAGACAUGGCUGUCCCAGGUGAGCCCCCAGUGUCGGGGACAAGGAGCCUGAGAAGCUCUUCCUCUUAUCAGGCCACGGACCACACCUUCCUGCAGAAGUGCCACUACCACCACGGCGACCACCCGCGCUACACCAAGCCCCAGCUGCCCCUUCCCAUCUUCACCGUGCAGCAUUACGCUGGGACCGUCACCUACCAGGUUCAUAAGUUUUUAAACAGAAACCAGGAUCAUCUUGACCCUGCUGUGGUGGAGAUGCUUGCCCAGAGCCAGCUCCAGCUGGUGGGUAGCCUGUUCCAGGAAGCAGAGCCCGAGUCUGGGGACGGACCAGGCAAACCCACGCUGGCCUCUCGCUUCCAGCAUUCCCUGGGGGACCUCCUAGCCCGGCUGGGCAGGAGCCAUGUCUAUUUCAUCCAGUGCCUCAACCCCAACCCGGGAAAGCUUCCGGGCCUCUUUGAUGUGGGUCACGUGGCAGAGCAACUGCGCCAGGCGGGCAUCCUGGAGGCCGUGUGUACCCGCAGCGCCAACUUCCCUGUUCGCAUGCCCUUCCAGGCCUUCCUGGCCAGGUUCCGGGCCCUGGGGACAGAGGGACAGGAAGAGCUCUCUGACCGGGAAAGAUGUGGCGCCAUCCUGAACCAGGUGUUUGGGGUUGAGUCGCCCCUCUGUCACCUGGGAACCACCCAGGUGCUACUGCAGGAGCUGGGCUGGCAGCAGCUGGAGCGGCACCGGGCCCAGCAGCGCGCCCAGGCCCUGCUCACCCUGCACCGAGGCCUCUGCACCAGCCUCUCCCGUCAAUGCCUUCGCCUCCUACCACGGAUUCGCGUGCGUGGGCUCCAGACCAGGAAGUGGUACCUCUGGCGGCAGGCAACUCUGGGGCAGCUGAACACCAUCCUGCUGGCAGGCUGGCACCUGCUCUGGAGACAGCGGAGAGGGCAGCUUGGGCAUCGGUGCAGCUGGCACAGCGUCGGGGCCUCCAAGAAGGAGCCAAGCAUGGAGCUGGGGCGCUUGGAGAUCCCGGCUGAGCUGGCUGCCAUGCUGAAGACAGCGGAAGGCCGUCAGCACACCCUGGCCGAGAGCAUCACCGAGGCCAUGCCCCCGGAAGUUCCUGCACGGCCCAGCCUGACCCUCCCACCCGACAUCGACCAAUUCCCCUUCUCCAGCUUCAUCUCCAUCGGCUUUCAGGAACCAUCCCUGCCCAGACCUGGGCAGCUGCUGACCAAACCCCUGACCCGGCUGGACAGUGAGAACCCUCAGCAUGCCCUGGAUAUCAACAAGGUGAUGCUGCGGUUCCUGGGGGACGCGUCCCUGGAGCCCUGGCAGGAGCAGACCAUGGGCCAGUACCUGGUGCGGCAGGGGCAGCGCCGGCCGGGGCUGCGCAACGAGCUCUUCAGUCAGCUCGCAGCCCAGCUCUGGCACCACCUGGACGAGCAGCAGAGGCAGCGCGGCUGGGCCCUCCUGGCUGUUCUGCUCAGCGCCUUCCCCCCAGUGUCCACCCUGCAGAAGCCGUUGCUCAAAUUUGUGUCCGACCAGGCCCCCAGAGGCAUGGCAGCACUGUGCCAGCACAAGCUGCUGGGAGCCCUGGAGCAGACGCAGCGGGCCCCUGGGUCCGAGCGGGCCCACCCACCCACCCAGCUCGAGUGGACGGCCGGAUGGAGGCAGGGCCGCAUGGCGCUGGAUGUCUUCACCUUCACCGAGGAGUGCUUCUCGGCCGAGGUGGAGUCCUGGACCACAGGGGAGCAACUCGCCGGGCGGAUUCUGCAGAGCAGAGGCCUGGAUCCGCCCCCACGUGGCUGGUCUGUGUCACUGCACUCUAAGGACUCCUGGCAGGACUUGGCUGGCUGCGACUUUGUGUUGGACCUGAUCGGCCGGACCGAGGAUCUGGGGGACCCGGCCGGUCCCCACAGCUACCCAAUCGCCCCCCGUGGCUUAGCCGAGGACAUCCCCCCGGCCCCUGGCAUCCAGGCCCCCUCACUGCCCCCAGGUCCCCCUCCAGGCCCAGCCCCACCUCUGCCCAGCAGGGGUCACACAGGUGAGUCCCGGACCUCAGGGAGUCUGGAUGGCUUCCUGGACCACCUCUUCUCCCCGUGCCUCAGCGUGAGUGAUCUGGAGCAAGGCAGGGCUCUGCGUGGCCGCAUGAAGGGAGGGGGCGCCAUGGGGCCCAUGCAGCAAGGCAGCUAUCCUGUGGUGUACUCAGGGAUGAUGCAGAUGCCCGGAUACCAGCCAGCCAUGAUGCCUGCACCCAUGCCCAUGAUGCCAGCAAUGGGGGCGGUCCCUGCCAUGCCAGCCGUGGUGGUGCCGCCACCGCAGCCACAGCCACAGCCACAGCCCCUGCUUCCCAGUGUGGACGCGAGGCUGUUGGCAGCCCAGCAGCAGAACUUCAUCAACCAGCAGGCGCUGAUCCUGGCCCAGCAGAUGACCACCCAGGCCAUGACCUUGUCCCUGGAGCAGCAGGCAAAGCAGCGCCAGAGCCAGCCCCUGGAGCAUAAUGCCCAGGCCCAGGCCCCCGGAGCUGCCUCCCUGACCCCACCCCCAGCCAUCACCCCCAAGCCCAAGGAGACACCCACGCCCCAGAAGGAGCCAGAGCAUGACCUGGAACUGGUAGGUGCCUGCCUGAGGGAGACCUCACAGGAGGCUGAAGACAGGCCCCGGCGGCCCAAGAGCUUCCAGCAGAAAUGGGACUAUUUCCAGAAGUUGGGGCAGCAGCAGAUCAAGGUGAAGACAAUGAGGCCUCCGGCCAAGGCGAAGAUCCCCCAGGGGGAGGAACAGAAGGAGGAGCCGGAAGGAGAGGAACCGAGAGCAGUGCCGUCACCUCCUCCUCCUCCGGUAGAGAAAAAGCCACUGACACAAGAUGGGGCCAAAGCUGCACAGGAGGCUGAGGCUGAGCCAGCCGCAGAGGCGGGGCCUGGCGGUGGUCGCCGGCUGGCCGAGGGCAGAGCCGUGGUGCGUAGCUCGGACCCUGAGCCCCGGCAGGCAGAGCCCAGCAGGGAGAUCCGCAACAUCAUCCGCUUAUACCAGAGCCGCCCAGGCCCCGUGCCCGUGCCUGUGCAGCCGCCCAGGAAGCCCCCCCUGAUCUUCCUAAAGAAAAACAACCCUAAGGAUGAGGCUCUGGCUAAGCUGGGGAUCAGUGGUGCCUCCUCGCUGCCCUCGACGCUGUCCCCCAGCCCAGGGAAAGGCCCCCCACCAGCUGUGGCCCCUCGACCCAAGGGCCAGCCAUGGCUUGUGCCCUCCAACUCCAUUAAGGAGAAGCAGGGGCCCCUUCAAGAGCUGUUUGGCCAGAACCCACCCACUGCACAGAGACCCCCGCCUCUGCCAGCACCUCCACUGCCUCCAGCCUGGGACCCAGCGACCCCUCCAGCUGAGCCGCACAGCUUUGUGGAGCCCAUGGGGGACCAGGGGAUCUCCACCCAGCUGCUCGUGCCCUCGGGCAGCGUGUGCUUCUCCUACACCAGCGCCCCCUGGAGGUUGUUCCUGCGCAAGGAGGUGUUCUACCCCCGGGAGAACUUCAGCCACCCCUACUGCCUCAGGCUCCUCUGUGAGCAGAUCCUGAGGGACACCUUUGCGGAGUCGUGCAUCCGGAUCUCCCAGGACGAGAGGCACAGGAUGAAAGACCUGCUGCGAGACCUGGAGGUGGGUCUGGACUCCCUGGACACAGCUGAGGACAGUGUCAAGAAGCGCAUCGUGGUGGCCGCCAGGGACAACUGGGCCAAUUACUUCUCCCGCAUCUUCCCCGUCUCGGGCGAGGGUGGCAGCGACGUGCAGCUGCUGGCCGUGUCCCACCGGGGGCUGAGACUGCUCAAGGUGACCCAAAGCCCCAGCUUCCACCCCGACCAGCUGAGGACUCUCCGCUCGUACAGCUUUGCUGAGGUGCUGGGCGUAGAGUGCCUGGCUGGCUCCACCCUGGAGCUGUCACUGAAGAGUGAACAGCUGCUGCUGCACACAGUCCGGGCGGGAGCCAUCAAGGCCAUGGUUGAGCUGCUCCUGAGCGAGCUCAAGAAGGACUCCGGCUACGUCAUUGCCCUGCGAAGCUACCUCACAGACGACCACAGCCUCCUCAGCUUCCAGCGGGGGGACCUCAUCAAGCUGUUGCCGGCGGCCACUCUGGAGCCAGGCUGGCAGUUUGGCUCCACCGGGGGCCGUUCCGGACUCUUUCCUGCUGGCAUAGUGCAGCCGGCUGCUGCUCCGGACUUUUCCUUCUCGAUGGAGCAGAGGAAUGGCCGGCACAAGAGUCAGCUGCAGCACAGAGAGUGGGAUAAGGCAGAGUGGGAUAAGGCGUCGGAGGUGAGGAAGACGGGAGACGCCAAGGCGAGGCCUAACUAG